AUGGAGCGGGACAUUCAAGCACCGACAGGCGAUAACCUGCAAUGGACUCAAUGGCAGCUGCUGGAUUCUGUUCUUCCUACUGGUGGGUUUGCUCAUUCCUAUGGCCUCGAGGCCGCCAUUCAAGUUCACAUCGCAGUGGGCCCUGAAGGUCUUAAAACCCAUCUUCUCCAUGUAUUGGACAACACUGGGAGUCUCCUACUUCCCUUUGUGUAUGGCAUGAACAGAAGCCCUGACCUGGAGACAUGGCUGAAGCUCGACAGAUUACUGGAGGCGACACUAACAAACGAAGUAAGCAGGAAGGCAUCGGCCUCCCAGGGGUCAGCACUCUUGAGGGUGGCGGCCUCUGUGUUCUCGGAUCUUUCAAUUAUCAGGCAAAUAAGAGAAAAGUUCUCAGGCUCAGGGGCUGCUCACUUCCACCAUGCAGCUGUCUUUGGGCUCAUCUCUGGGCUUAUCGGCUUUGACAGUGAGACUGCACAGAGGGCCUACCUGUUCAUGACGAUGAGGGACACCAUCUCUGCUGCCACAAGGCUCAAUCUGAUUGGCCCACUCGGGGCUUCAGUCUUGCAGCACCAAGUGGGUCAGAUCGCUGAGAAGCUGCUAAGAAGGUGGAUGGAUCGACCAGUCGAGGAAGCCUGCCAGACUGCUCCUCUGCUCGACGCUGUCCAGGGCUGCCACAGCUACCUCUUCUCUAGGCUGUUUUGCUCAUGA